UUUACUUUACGGCAGCUGAGGCCUUCGUUUUCUGUAGCAGCGGAGCCGCUAAUUUAGAGCUUAGCACUGCCGCUGUGUGGAGAGGAUCAGCUGUUGGGCUUAUACCAUGGGAAUAGAGGAUGAAACAGACCGGACGCUCUUUAUUAGAAACUUAGAUUCCAGGGUGACGGAGGAGCUUUUGUUUGAGCUGUUCUUACAGGCCGGACCUCUCAUCAGGACUAAGAUCCCUAAAGACACGGAUGGGAAGCAGAAGACGUUUGGCUUUGCCGUCUACAAGCAUGAAGUGUCCGUGCCGUACGCCAUGCAACUCCUGAACGGGACGACGCUGUACGGGAGAAGCCUGCACGUGCAGUUCAGAUCAGGGAGCAGUCAUAGCAGCAGUCCAGGGAACUCACAGAAUUCAAGUCCUGCAAACACACCAAACCCCCAUGGCCAGAGGACACCGAUCCAGUUCAGUUCUCCACCCUACACUCCUCCUCCCCAGAUGCAGAGAUCUUUCUCCUCUCCGGAUAAUCUGCAGAAGCAUGCCAUGAUGAACAACAUGAUGUGGCAGCUCCACAUGCAGCAGCUAGACCAGCUGAAUGGAGCCUUUUCAAAGCCUCUGCAGAGGCAGCAGUCUGUGGGGGGACAUUCUGGAAGAGGUAGCUCCAGGCAACACGAAAACGCCCCCUAUCGUCACAGUUCCUCCCAGAUGAACAGCGGUGGCAGAAAUCAGCGAUACUCAGAAGACGCAGGCUCUGGCCGCCAUCAGCAGCACGGCCACGGCCGGGACGGCCAUCCCCAUCAGAGCGACAGGAGCGGCAGCCGCCACCAUGACGGCAGAGGGGGCAGAAGAGACGAUGACAGGAGCAACAGCCGCGGCUACCAAGAUAACAGAUGGCGGCGCUACUGAGACGUGAAAACAUGUCUUAAAGACUCCAGUUUUUCACAAAUAUGUGGACGGCUUAAAGAAAUCGAUCAUGUUGACAUUUUCACAUGUAUACUCAGGAUGUUUGUACAAAAUAAUCCUACCAGAUUUAAUAACUUAAACAUUUUUUCUUUACUUUUAAGAUGUUUUUAAAUUUGUACACUUCUUUAAUGUGAGCUUUUCCUCACAAAUGUUGCAAAAAAGGGAAGAAGUGUAUUAAGAAGAGUGUCAUGUUGUGUAUUAAGAGCAAGAAAAAUAGCAUAACUGGUAGGUACAUUAAAAAAGAAAACAAACACCACGUAUAUUUCAAAAGAUAGGACACUUGCCAGUUUUUAUGUUAUGCAAUUAGUAUUUAAUGGUGCUCCCAGAAUUUUACAACAAUCUUCAGGUACAAAAAGAACAAUUCCACCAGCACUACUUGUACUGCAGUGGGGCACCACCCUUUCUUUAUUGUAGAUUGGUUGACCUUGCUCUUUCUAAUAAUAGGCUUUAAUUAUUUUUUUUAUUCUCAGAGUCUGUAAGACAGAUUGUUUUAAAAUGGACAUUUUCAUUACUAUAAAACUCUUUUCAUUUGA